GGGCGCUGUGGUUCUGUAGAAGGGUUCAUCCGUUCACGUAUUUCAGACACAGAAGAAGACUCUCCGUCGACUGGAGAGAAGUGCUGACAGAAACUACUUACUAAUAAUGUAUAAUUAUUAACACGUGAUUAUUCUUAUUUGUUUUUGUUUCGAGGUCCGCAGAGUGUUUAUGUUUUAACCGAUCGCUCAAAGAUGCAUUAAAAAAUUGUAACGAGUUUAUUUUCCGGGUUUGCAUCGCGCUAAUUAGCAUCUGGCUAAGCGGUGUGGCUGUAGGACAGGCUCACUUGGUCACGUGACAGUCGGGGGGUACUCUACCUGCUGCUGAGACCAGUUCAGUUUACUCCAUCUCGUCCUGUUCCUUCAUGUUUAACAGCCUCCCCGGUGUUUUAGCGCUGUUACACCGCCGCCUGCUCUCCUCCACGUCGAGGACCGUCACCAGAACCUGUCGCUUCCUCGGCGGGAUGGAGGCGGCCGUAGUGAGGUGCAUCCCCGGGGAGCCCAAGUUCACCAUCUCCUUCUGUCUGGACGGCAGCCACAAGCACAUGCUGCGGGACCAGGACGAGCCGCUGGGGAAGGUCCUGGACCGGAUCUCCAAGUCCAUCGCCAAGAACCAGGGAAAGGCGAAAAGGAAAAAGAAACCCCAGCAGGAGGCUCAGCAGCAGGAGCCCACCGUGGUGAAGCUGCUCUUCGGCGGGGACGAGGUGUCUGACGCCGUCCCGAACUCAGAGACGUGGCAGGACGGAGCCGUGCUGCAGGUGGGGAACCUGAAGUACACGGUGCUCAGGAACGCUCCCACGUUCACCACCGCCGAGCUGCCGGGGUCCAUCCUGUCCGGGUUCCCUGUCUGCCCCAAGCUGGAGGUGGAGUUUGGAAACCUGCAGGACUGCGAGUUCACAUGGUUCAAAGAAAACAGGCCAAACUCAAGGUCUGAUGCCACUGAGGAGGCUACAGGUGAGGGCAGUGGUUGGACACAGGUUGGAAGUGGGCGAGUCCACGUCCCGUCCAACCAGGACAUCGGUUGCCGGCUCAAACUGUGCUGCGUACCCAAAGACGGAAGCCGCCGCGGUCUGGCCAAGGAGCUGGUCUCUGUGGGAGAAGUCGAGGCUGGACCCGGGGUGUGCAUGUUUGACAACCGUCACAUGUACACUGUGAAAGAGGCGGAGUGGCCGGCCGUGAGGGUGGUGUCUUACAACAUACUGGCUGACAUCUAUGCCCAGACGGACCUGUCCAAGACAGUGCUGUACCCGUACUGCGCCCCCUACGCCCUGCAACUAGACUACAGGCAGAACCUGAUCAAAAAGGAGCUAAGCGGAUACAACGCCGACAUCAUCUGUCUGCAGGAGGUCGACAACGGGGUGUUCAUGGACAGUUUGACUCCAGCUCUGGACGCCUUCGGUCUGGACGGCGUUUUCAAGGUCAAAGAAAAGCAGCAUGAAGGACUGGCCACGUUCUACCGCAGGUCAAAGUUUCGACUGCUGAGUCGUCAUGACAUCCUGCUGAGUGAGGCGCUGACAUCCGACCCCGUCCACUCUGAGCUGCUGGACAAGGUUUCAGCUAACAGCACCCUGAAGGAAAAGAUCCUGCAGAGGUCCACCACGCUGCAGGCCACCGUGCUCGAGGACCUGAACAAACCAGGCAGGAAGGUCUGCGUGGCCAACACUCACCUGUACUGGCACCCGAAAGGAGGGAACGUUCGCUUGGUCCAGAUGGGUGUGGCUCUGCAGCACCUGAGCCGUGUGAUCCGUGAGGUUGCGCCUGGAGCCCCGCUGAUCUUUUGUGGUGACUUCAACUCCACCCCGAGCUCAGGUGUGUUCCAGCUGCUCAUGGAGGCUGUGGUUCCUCAGCAGCACGAAGACUGGAGCAGCUCGGGUCCAGAGGAGUCCUGCAGCAUGGAGCUGCUCUCUGCCUUCCCCGCUCUGCUGAGCGCCUGCGGUCAGCCGGCGUAUACCAACUACGUGGGAGGGUUUCACGGCUGCCUGGAUUACAUCUUUAUACAGCCAGAUAGCAUGCAGGUGGAGCAGGUAAUUCCUUUGCCCAGCCACCAGGAGGUCACCACCUACGAGGCUCUGCCCAGCGUGGCUCACCCCUCCGACCACAUCGCCUUGGUCUGUGACCUCCGCUGGAACCCCUGACCUCUGACCUUUGUUUUCCUUCCAAGUUUACUGGAGAAGAACAGAGAAAUAAUCUCACACCGCAUGAGAACUGUCUUAAACUACAUCAUGAUGAAAAUGUUGUGAUUGAGUUGCAUUAUUUACUGUCCUGAUUAUUGAAAGGUCAUGUUCAUCACUGAUAUUCAGUGUUGGGUGAAAAAAAGACGUAAUUGACAGAACAUAGGUUAUUUCUUUAAAAAGGACUUGAUUACUUUGGUGAAAACUGGCAUCACUACGUCAUACUGGUUUGAUAAUUGUCCUGAGCUGCAUAUUAACUCCUGUGGUUUCUUUCACUGGAAAAGCUCUGUGACAUGACUAAUAAGCAAAUUAACUUUUUAAUAUGAUUAUAUUUAUUAUCAUUGCCAUUAUUGUUGUUGUCAUUAUUUAUGACAGAUGUGUUGCUCUUGGUGCCUUUAAGAUUGUUUUAAAUAAAGUUUCGGACCACA